GUUCAGAGCUCGGACCUAGCCAUUGUUGACGCCUUUCUUCAUUUCUCGUUUUAGAUCGAUCAAGAAAUUAUGGCGAACCGUCCACACGUUCCAAAGUUUGGGGACUGGAACAACCAAGACCAACCAUUCACGGUCGUCUUCGACAACGCAAGGACGAACAAACGACAAGACUUGUACGAAUCUCUAGAGAAACCAGAGACCAAACCUCAAGAACCAGCUCCUCCUCCUUCUCAGCCUGCUCGUAGAAAUCAAAGACCAGAACCACCAAAACCGGUUAAGGAAGAAACACCAAGAGCACCUCCACCAACCGAUAAAAACAACAGAGUCAGAGCUCCCCCAGCCGAUCAACUCUACGGAGGGGGAGGGCUCUACGGAAGCGGAGGAGGGGGCGGAAGCGGGCACAAGGCCGGAAUUGGAGGCGGAGGUGGACUAUAUGGAGGUUACGGAGGAGGAUCAGUCGGAAACCAGCGUCAGCCACCAGCUCCUCGUCCACCGCAGCCUAAACAAAAUCUUAGAGGUGGCAACAACGGAAGGGGAGCGACAACGAUUCCGCCGUUCCCAGGAUCAGUGGGUGCAGGGGAGAACAUGAGUUACACUCACAUUUUCGACCAAGUCAAAGAAGAGAGAAAAGAAGCUGGCAGAUCCUACGGUGGAACAGCCGGCAACACUCCUUCUCGCCCCAUCAACGAUCAACAUCAAUCUCCGGCGCCAUCCUCCUCCAAGGUCUGCUGCUUUCCAUGGAGCCGAAAGGGAACUAAAUAUUGAAGGCAAUGUACAUAUUUAUGAGUUGAACUUACCUCAUUUUCUUGGAUAUAUCUUUUUUUUUUUUUCUUAUGUAACAACGAAGGGAUUGAAGUUUUUGGAGACAACAAACAACGUUGGAGCUUCCACUACUCUUUUUAUUGAAAGAAACAAAAACAAAACAAAAAACUUUAAAUUUGUUUCUCAAGUAUGGAUGGUUGUGUUGUGUAAUUGAAUAUUUGUUAUGAAAAAAAUUGAAAUUGGUUUA